GUUAUUUUUCAGCAAAAUGUCAGAAAAAUAAAUUAUGAAAAAAUAAAAAAUUUUGUGUGUAAAUCAAUAAAAUAUUUUUUUUAAAUUAUACAUUCUGUUGAAAUAAAGUAAAGUGCUUUUAUGAAUGAAAAAUUUUUAAAAUGGAUAAUGUAGAAAAUACUAUUGAGGGGAAUCAAAACGAACAAGAGGUAAACUUUACGGGCACUCCUAGUAACAAUGAUGGAGUCAAUAAAGGAGACACUAGUACAAAUUUUGAACUGCUUAAUACACCGUGUGAACAAGAGCAGAGUGGAAAAAUAAUUCAAAAGGAUAACUCUAAAGAUUUUGAUUUGCAAAAUAAAAGUGAUCAAAUUAUAACAUCAUCUAAUUCUGUGAAUCAGAACGUUUCGAGUGUUAAAGAGGAAAGGGAUAUUGCAUCAGAUGAAAUUUCAUCAACAAAUGAAGAUAAUAAACCGUUCGAAAGUCAAAUUAAAGAUGAAAGUGUGCUUAAAGAUCAAGGGUCUAAUAUAGAUGAAGAAAAUGAUUAUAAAAUUAAGAAUGAAGUAGCUGAUAUUAAACAAACUGAUUCCAGUCAGCACAUAAUAAAAAUGGAGAGUAAUGAAACUGGGGAGAAUUUUGCAAAAAAAGAAAAAAUUGAAGAAGCAGUUUCAACAUCCCAAGGCUUUAUUGAACAGAAUAAAUUUGAAAAAAUGGAUGUAGAUGAAACUGAAAAUUACGCUGUUUCAGUACAAAAUAUAGAAGUUAAAAACGAAAAUUUGUCGAAGCCAAUAAAAAUGUCAGUUUCUUUAACACCGUCUGAAACUGAAGCCGCAAAUAUUUUAACAAACAUAUUGCAAAAUGCUCCAGUAUCAAACGAGAAUAUUCUUCAAAAAGAAACAGCAAAUGCAGAUUCGCAACAAAGUACUCCUACAUUAAUAACAAUUCCUUUGAAUACUUUAGAUGAAAGUACACAAGCCGAAAAUAGACCUACGAUAAACAGCAUAAAAAAUCAAACAGAUUCCAUAUCCACUUUACCAGCUGAAAGUACAAAUAAACCAAUAAUAACUGCAACUAUUAACAAAACUCAGCUUUUUAAUGAUGACACUGGAAGGCUAGACGCUUUGGCGUCGGCUGCUAUAAUGCAAGCAACAAAUGAUUCAAUACAGCAGGAAACUCAAAAUAGUGCCAAUCAACAUGAUGAAAUAAAAACUAAUGCAUCAAAUGAAAUUCCUUCAAUUCCGGAAACUUUAGUAAAUCCAAAUGAAGGUAUUCAAGUUCAAGAACAACAAACAAGACCAGUUUUGGUGCCGAUUCCUGUAACAUCUAUUCCACCACAACCGCAACAACCUCCGGCACCCAUAGCAAUAUCAACGCAAAACCAGAUUGUCCAACAGCAAAACAAAAAAGUCACUAAGCAAAGGCAAGCACGGAAAGAGUCAACAUCUUUGGAUGAUCCUAGCAAUUCUGAUCCCAAUUCUAAGUGGAAUUUUGUUGGAAUUUUUACAAACACCUCUCAAACAGUAACUGAUUUUAUUAACUAUAAUCAAUGGAAUUCAAAAAUGUUUGACGGUUUAAAUUCAGAUUGCCUCCCAGAUUUAAGUUCUUUCGAUAGAAUAAAAUUAGAACCUGGUACAGCAUAUCGCUUCCGCCUCUCUGCUGUAAACAGUGUUGGUCGCGGAGAAUGGGGCGAAAUAUCUUCAUAUAAAACAUGUUUACCGGGUUAUCCUGGUGCACCAUCAUCUAUUAGAGUUUCAAAGUCAGCUGAAGGAGCUCAUUUAUCGUGGGAGCCCCCUCCAGCAAAUAGUGGCGAGAUCCAAGAAUAUUCUGUGUACCUAGCUGUUAAAUCGCCAAAUACAAAGGAAAAGACACCGCCGGCACAAUUGGCAUUUGUAAGAGUGUAUUGUGGAGCUAAUAAUCAAUGCAUAGUAGCAAACACUUCAUUAGCUAAUGCUCAUGUUGACUGUACUACAAAACCUGCAAUUAUAUUUAGAAUUGCUGCCAAAAAUGAAAAGGGCUAUGGACCUGCAACUCAAGUAAGGUGGUUGCAAGAUCCCGCUGCUUCAAAAACAACUAGAUCAACCUCAUCUAUAUCAAAUUCUUCAAAUUUUAGCGCAAACACAAAUAAGAGGCUGAAAGUUGGAACAACGGGAAUGUAAUUUUUUUUUUUUAAUUAUAUGAAUUAUAUAAAUUGUAAUAAGUAAAACUGAAAAAUAAAUGUAUAAAUUUUUAUUACAUUAUA